AUAUGUCAGUCAAGUCUGUAAGUACAGAAAUUGCUUCCACGGCAAUUUUUAGAUAAAAUUAGUGAAGUUAUGGAAUAUAAAAUAAACAUGGAACAAUAAUGCAUAAGUGGAAUUGUUUUGAUUUGUGUUAUUUAAUAAAACACAAUAAGUUUCGUUUUCUAAGUUGAUUUAGUUUAGGCCAAAUAUAAUUUGUUGUUAUUUAUUGUUUCAACGGAACCAAACCGAGACUCCAACAGUAAUCAAAACGGUCGCGUUGUUAGGCAUGUUUAUUUAGUUAAUCGUCUUUUUAGAGUAAGAUUUGUUGUAAUGUAAAUAAAAAAUAUUGUUUGCACGCGCAUGCGUUUUUAUCGAAAACAGACAAAGGUUUUGUGUGGUUCGAAAAUCAGCUGUGUGUGCGAUGACUUAGUGAUACCAAAAGUGUGUGUUAGUAAGCGACAAUGUUUAGUGAAAUUGGAUACAUAAUUUUCCUACUGCUCGCCUUCCCAUACAUAGAAAGUGCAUCUCGACGGCUCAGCGAAUACGUAGAGCACUAUGAAUCACUGGAAUACGACGCGGGCGCGGUGCACACGCAGCACAAGCGCACGCGUCGCUCGAUCGACCCCCCCGACCUGCAGAUUAGCUUCCGUGCGCACGGGAAGCAUUUUAAUAUGCGUCUGCGGCGCGACCUUUCAGCGUUCAGUGAGGACUUUAAGGUCGAAGGAUCACAGGGGCAACUGCAUGAAGUCGAAACAUCACAUAUAUAUCAAGGCGAAGUUGUUGACGAACCGCAGUCGACGGUGUUUGGCUCGGUGACCGAUGGUGUGUUCGAGGGCAAAAUUGUGUUGAACGACGGCGCUUACUACGUCGAGCACGCACGUCGCUACUUUCCACCCAACGGCACGCGCACCAGAGUCCAUUCCGUCAUAUACCGAGAAGGAGACGUGGUCGACCCCUACGCGCACAGGAGACAUGGUCAUGUCGGCGGAUGCGGCGUGACAGACGAAGUGGUGCAAUGGAUGGAGCGCAUACAAAACUCCGGAGUAGACGACGAACCUCCAGUCUCUGUCACCCCUACACACACUCAUCACUCGUCCGCACCAAAUCCUCCUCAUCCAAACAGCCUCAGGGACGAUUCGUCGAGACACUGGGAUUUCCUCCACCAUAACAAAUAUUCGCGAGCCGCCAAUUCCGGUGAGCACACGCGUGCUCGGCGUGCGGCCCCCGACGAGAAGAUACGCAACAUGUGCUCCUUGUACAUACAGACCGACCCGCUGAUAUGGCGACACGUCAGAGAGGGCUUCCCGGAUCACCGAGAUCCGAACAAGAAGAGCGAAGUCGAUAUGAAGACGAGGGAAGAGAUCCUGUCCCUGAUAUCACAUCACGUGACCGCAGUUAACUACAUAUACAGAGAUACCAAGUUUGACGGGCGUAAGGAACACCGCAAUAUACAGUUUGAGGUUCAAAGGAUAAAGAUCGAUGACGAUUCUUCCUGCAACACUCACCCGUUCGCGAGCGAAACGAACCAAUUCUGUUUGGAGAACAUCGACGUGUCUAACUUCUUGAACCUGCACUCGCUCGGGAACCACGAAGACUUCUGCCUGGCGUACGUCUUCACGUACAGAGAUUUCACUGGGGGCACAUUAGGGUUGGCGUGGGUGGCGAGUGCGAGCGGCGCGUCGGGCGGCAUCUGCGAGAAGUACAAGACGUACACGGAGACGACGGGCGGCAUGUACCAGAGCACGAAGCGCUCGCUCAACACCGGCAUCAUCACCUUCGUCAACUACAACAGCCGCGUGCCGCCCAAGGUCAGCCAGCUCACGCUCGCGCACGAGAUCGGGCACAACUUCGGAUCGCCGCACGACUAUCCAUCGGAUUGUCGUCCGGGCGGGCAACAGGGGAACUACAUAAUGUUCGCGUCGGCCACAUCCGGCGACCGCCCGAACAACAGCCGUUUCUCUGCGUGCUCCGUCGGGAACAUCAGCGCAGUUCUGGACGCAGUGCGCGACGGCCGCAAGCGGGACUGUCUCAAGGAGAACGCCGGUGCCUUCUGCGGGAACAAGAUCGUCGAAGUCGGGGAGGAAUGCGACUGCGGUUACAACGAUAACGAGUGUAAUGAUCGAUGCUGCUAUCCUCGUCAGCUCAGUAACAGCGAUAUCGAGAGAAACAACUCGGCGAAGGGUUGCAAGAGGAGAGCUAAUACUCAGUGCAGUCCGUCCCAGGGCCCGUGCUGCCAGGCGCAGACGUGCCAGUUCGUGUCGGCCGCCUACAACCAGACGUGUCGCGAGGCCACCGAGUGCAGCCACGCCUCCUUCUGCUCCGGCCGCUCGGCCGAGUGUCCCGAGCCGCGCGCCAUGGCCAACCACACCAAGUGCAAUAAUGGCACACAGCUGUGUAUAAAUGGCGAGUGCAGUGGCUCGAUAUGCCUCGCGUGGAACAUGAAGGAGUGCUUUCUAUCGUCCUCGCCUACGAAAAUCGGUGACGGUGUGACGGCAGUCGUGGAUCGAAGAGCACUUUGUCAGUUGGCGUGUCAAACCGGAGCCGAUCCGGAUUCUUGUAGAAGUACAGCGGAGUUUGCGCAGUCAGUCGGUUUGCCGCCCGGCGGAAUCAGUCUCAGGCCCGGGUCGCCGUGCGAUAACUUCCAGGGAUACUGUGACGUAUUUCUCAAAUGCCGUGCCGUGGACGCCGAGGGUCCACUAGUUAGGCUCAAGAAUCUCCUUCUCAAUCGAGCCACUCUACAAACAGUACAGGCGUGGGUCACCGAACAUUGGUGGGCCGUACUUCUCGGUGGAGUCGCUCUAAUCGUCUGCAUGGGUGCUUUCGUUAAAUGUUGCGCCGUUCACACGCCCUCCUCCAAUCCGAAGAGACCGCCGGCGAGACGGCUCUCGGAGACGCUGCGUCGGCCGAUGAACACGCUGCGGCGCAUGCGCGGCGCGGCGGGCGAGGCGCGGCGCGGGGCGCGGGAGGCGCGGCCGCCGCGGCCCGGCCAUCGCCGCGCGCGCGCGCACAAGGGCUACGCGCCGCCGCUCGCCUACGCGCCGCGGGACCCCGCAUCCGCCCCGGCCGGCCCGAGCGGGCGGCGCGCCGAGCCGUACGCGAACGCGUACCCGCAGUCGUACGAGAUGCGGCCCGCGCAGAAAGUCUGACAGUACGAGGCUUGCGCGGCGACGGGCGCGCAGCUGGAGCUGGUGACGCUGGCGCCGGGCGUGCCGCUGGGCGUGCCGCUGCUGCUGGGAUACGUGUGCCGGCCGCCGCCCGGCCCCGACCGGACCGUCACCGUCGCCUCGCAGACCACCAUCACGCUGCACUCGCCCGACACGCUGGCCGUCACGUACCACCCGCCCGCGGACGAGCUCGACCAGUAGGUGCCCGCGACGCUCGACCGACCGGGCCUGUCCUACCUUCGGAGUUCCCGCGUAUGCUGCGAUUGUACAUUUGAAGUUUCGGAGCGAGUGAAGUGUGCGUCGGAAGGUGUGAGACAGCUGCUGAUGUAACUGUAGACGUAAUAUGACGUGGGAAUCGAAUAUUUUCCGUAUUCGUUUCCCGAUAAUAUUUCACGCUGGAGCAGUGAGACAGGCCCUUUCGUAAAUUGCUCAAUCGAUGUUCCGCGAGCUCAACCUAACCGCAAGGUGUUCUAUGAAAUUAGCCAUUAUUUUUAUACGAGAUUAAUAGAGUAGGGCGCGAAGUUCCACCCAAUGACGCUCGAAGGAACCGCUCCGACCGGACAUUUAUGUAUAUUUUUGUAUAUAAAUGACGACUAUAUAAAGGCUACAAUGUAAAAAUAUCAUGCAAAUACUUACUGUAAUCGUACCGAUGUUAGAAUAGAGAUAAUACGUAAGAUUGCUAAAUAAUUUUACUGAAUCUCCAUAAUUGUAAUUUUUAUAACAUGUUAUUUUAAAGGUAUAUUAUAACGUAAGUGGAAUGUUGAGGUGCCAUUAUACCAAUUUAUAUUCCAAUUUUAUUUAAUCUUUUUUCCAAAAGGUCUUUAGAGCAUUUUUGAUUACGUAAAUAUUACAAUUCUUACAUGGAAUUGUGGGCUUUUCGUUUAUACUUUGUGCACUUGAAAUUAUUUCCAACAGUAUUUCGUUUAUAAUAUUAAACAAUUAACUUUAUAAGUGUUUUCCUUUUAAGCACAAAAUUAAGUUUAAAUAUCCUAUAAGAGUUACUCAAAUACUGCUUAAAUUUAUUAGUCUUCCUAUGACGAUAUAAUUAUUUUUAAUUUGUAGAGAUAAUGUGAAAUUCGAACAGUAUUGCCAAAUGAUCAAAUGUUACUAGACUGAAAAACUCUCAAACUAAUGUUAUAAAUUUUGCAUUUGUCUAAUUUAUUCCGCGCUCGUUGCGCUAUUUGGCUCAAAUGUACUUUAUUAAGUGUAUGAUUUAUCGAUGUGUAUCAAUUAGCAUAUCACACUAUAACACUCAUAAACUCUGUUGUAUAGUUCAGUUAAAUUGAUCUCUUAUAUAUAUAUAUAUUUCAUUAUAUUUCGUAGUAUAAUAAUAAUCGUCGUGCAAGCCAAAGAGCAUGAUGUAUUUUACGAUCUAUACAUUAAUAAUAAGAGUCAAUCUUUAUAAGUAAUCCAUAUGAAUGCCAUUAUAUUAGAGAAUGUCGAAACAAUACACAAGCUCUUGUAACUUGUAAUAUAAAUAUUGUAUAUUUGUAUGUAAACCGAGAGGGAAUGAUUCCCGCCGUAGAAUGACUCGACCAAUCGCCUGAGUGAGGGCAAGUUAUUUCCAUCGUGUAGUUAUCAUUGGCAUUAUGUCUUCUAAGUAUAAGCUAGUUUACCUACAAUAGAAUAUUUAAAUGACAUUGUGAAUAUUUUUAAUUAAUGACAUGAAUGUUACAACAUGUGAUUUCAAAAUAACAAAAAUACAAUAAAUUUUACAAGA